GGCAGCUUGAUAUCUUGCAUUCUACGUGAUUGUUGCCACUCGUGCUCGUGAAAUAUUUUUGCUUUCGAAGCUAUUUUAUGGUGUAAAUAACAUGCAGGAAUUACAGGAGAAAUCGCUACCGAUCAAAACGGGAUCAUCGCGCGGUGUAUCGAGGGUGCUGGACAAACUGCGAGCUUCCAUUGAGUCGAAAAACUUCUACGAAGCACAUCAGAUGUACCGCACGCUUUACUUUCGGUAUGUGUCGCAGGGGAAAUAUGACGACGUGUUGGAACUGCUGUACGACGGUGCGCUGACGAUGCUAGAGCACGAACAAUUCAGCAGUGGUGCAGAUCUCGGUCUGUUAAUUAUACAAACACUCGAAAAGGCUGGCAUUACCGCUGGAUGUAGCGAGCAAUGGAUGAAGCGGCUUACAGAGCUGAUUGGCAAAAUUAAACCAACUAUUGUCGAUCGGGAAACGUUGCUCGAAAAGGCAAUGAAAUGGAGCGGUUCGCUCGUGAUGUCCCCGACCGGGCAUCCACUGAUGCACCAGCUGUACGCGCAGAUACUUUAUCGGGAGGGUGAUCUGAUUCACGCCCGUCAUCACUUCGCCCUGGCGAGGGACGGUACCAGUUGCGGGUUUCUGCUGAUCGAAAUCAGCCGCACGAAGGGUUUCACCAGCGAGAUCGAUUUGUUCGUCGCCCAUAUUGUACUGCAGCAGCUUGCACUGAAGGAACCGGCGGUUGCUGCGGAUACGUUUGCAACGUACUGUAAAUUUCACACGGGCAUCGCCUGUACCGAUCCACCGUUCGCCUUUCCGCUGCUGAACUUUCUCUUUUUUCUGCUGCAACUGGUCGAGCAGAACAAUCGCAAGUAUGUGACGUUCAUGGCGCUCUGCGAGCUGUACAAACCGUCGCUCGAGCGGGAUCCGUCCUACGAAAAGUAUCUGCAGAAGAUAGGUGUUAAAUACUUUGACGGCAGCAGGUUUGAGCAGCGGAACAUUAUCUUUAGUGAUUUAAUUCAGCAGUUUUUUAUCGACAUGGAAGAGGGCGAACUAGAGGAGAGCACGACCGUGCAUGGAGACGUUGAUUAAUUGUGAUCAGAAUUGCGUAGAAUCGCGUAGGUCUAGAAGGGGAGCCGAAUGAGAAGGUGAGUUAAUUAUAUUAUUAUUUUUUUUGCGUUCGCUAGUGAGUGUCGGAGGUCGGACGACAGGCGCAGUUGUACAGCGUCCGACAAAACAAUAGGACCACCCCCUAAUGUUAUCUUCAAGCCGUUGAAAUGCCUUCAUAAAUGCGACGGAAUCAUGCGGAGGAAUAAAAAAAAUUCGAUUGAUUUUAUCUCACGGAUGAAGGCAUUUCAACAGCUUAAAGAUAACAUUGAGAGAUGGUCCUAUUAUCUUGUCCGACACUGUAUAUGAUUCAAAUAUAUGCAGUUUCCGUACGGGUGGGAAGUAGGUAAUGUAGUAACGAUUAUAAUAGAACCAAUUAAGAACGGAAAAUGAGCUUCGUAUCGCGAGUAGUACUAAACAACUACAGCCAACAGCAAACGAUAAACACAAGGGAGUUAGCAAUUGCGAAGCAAGGGAGUACAUUAUUCGAGCGACAACACAUGUCCCAAGAAUUUAUCAAUUUCAUUUGUUCAGUUUAUUCGAAAAAGAUUUUCUUCUACAUCUCGGCAAGAGAUCAAAGUAUGUUUUGCAGAUUUACAUAGCGGGCAGUCAUGAAGACGUGGGUAGUAGACUAACCGCGCGUACAAGAAAGAGAUAAGCUUUCGCUAUUGUCUAAAACUUCUAACCAUGUGAGCAACACAUUAAAUAUUACAAUAAGUUGUGUCGUAAAUUUAGCAUGCUCUGUAAAGCUUCUGUUCGAUAACGAGUAUAGCAGCUCGUCUAAAUUACUCCGCAUACGUUUCCCGCGUACAUCAAUGUAUGAAGAUAAACAUGGUGUAUCGUUUGUGAUAUAGCUAAUAUUGUUUUGCAACGGUUCCAACAGUCGGAUAAGAUACGGAUGGCAAAUAUCUACUCGCCCGCAAUAUAAACCUGGUACAUAUGUACACACAAACUUUCGGAUCCAAUAGUCCUAACAAAGUAGGAUCGUAACGAUUUUGCAAUGGAAACGAUUGUUUGAGUGAUAACGGUGAUACGUAAACACAGCUGCAUAGCUAUGGAUAACUUUAACUCAUCCGAAUCACGUGUUGUAACACAGUCUUUAUUUAUCUGCAAUAAAAAGAAAC